UUUCUUUCUGCACAUGAUUUUUGCAGAAUAGGUACAGAGCACGAGAAGUUUGGUUUUGAGUUUAAAACUUUACGUCCGAUUACAUACAAACAAGUAUCAGCUUUACUUAAUGCCAUUGCUGUGAGAUUUGAUUGGGAUAAAAUAAUGGAAGGUGACAACAUCAUAGGACUCAAACAAAACAAGCAAAAUAUAUCAUUAGAACCCGGUGGUCAAUUAGAGCUCAGUGGUGCACCUUUGAAAACAUUGUAUCAAACUUGUGAUGAGAUUAAUUCACAUCUCUAUCAGGCUAAAACUGUUGCGGAGGAAAUGGGAAUUGGAUUUUUGGGAUUAGGUUUUCAGCCUAAAUGGGGAUUGAAAGACGUACCAGGAGGGCCUAAGGCACGGUAUAAUAUUAUGCAAAAAUACUUCCAUGAAAUUGGUUCACCUGGAACUGAAUCAUUGUUCAUGACAUGCUCAGUUCAGGUCAAUCUGGACUUUAGUUCUGAAGCAGACAUGAUCAGGAAAAUGCGUGCUAGUCUUGCUUUACAGCCUUUAGCAACAGCCUUAUUCGCUAAUUCACCUUUCAAGGAAGGGGUUCCAAAUGGUUACCUCACCUUACGAAGCCUUAAGAUGGGUCAGAUUGACAAACAUCGCAGUGGCAUACUCCCCUUUGUUUUUUAUGACAAUUUUGGGUUUGAGCAAUAUGUUGAUUAUGCUCUUGAUGUGCCAAUGGUGUUUGUUUAUCGGAAAAACAAGUACAUAGACUGUGGUGGCAUGUCAUUCCGGGACUUCAUGGCAGGUAAACUACCUGCCAUUUCAGGUCAGAUGCCAACACUUGCUGAUUGGGAAAAUCAUUUAACAACCAUAUUUUCUGAGGUCAGGCUAAAAAGAUACAUGGAAAUGAGGGGUGCUGAUGGUGGCCCUUUGGAUAUGUUAUGUGCUCUGCCGGCUUUUUGGGUAGGUUUACUGUAUGAUGAGGUUUCACUACAAAAUGUUCUAGAUAUGAUUUCUGAUUGGACACCAGAAAACAUACAGAAUUUAAGGAAUGAGGUUCCCAUAACUGGUUUAAGAACACAAUUACAAGGUAGAAUGUUGCUGCACAUUGCAGAAGACGUGUUGAAGUGGGCAAAGGAUGGCUUGGAUAGAAGAGGCUUAAAUGAAUCCAUUUUCUUGAAUCCAUUGAAGGAAGUAGUUACAUCAGGUUUGACCCAAGCCGAUAAGCUAUUAAACUUGUAUAAUAAAAAGUGGAGAAAUAACAUAGAUGUUGUGUACAAAGAGCGUUGCUAUUAAGCUCAUUCAUAUUCUCCUAUUCUUUAUGAAGAAGAGGAAUGGAAUGCAGACGAAAAAUAAGACCAAGAUGCAAAUGAUGAUUUGGGUGCAAUGUUUAUAGUUUAGAGAGCUAGUAGUUCAAUAUAUGUUUGUUAAUUUAUCAGUUAUGGUCCUAAAGUAUGAAUACAGCCAUACUAUGUAAGAAUAAAUCUUAAACGAUGAAUAUCAUUGGUUUACUUCACAAAUUAA